AAGUUAAACGGUCCAUUAAUCAAAAGCAUCAACGGUAACGAAAUUCAAAAUUGAAAGAACUCACCGCUCACACUUUCUCGUCAUCUUUCUCUCGCGCUCUGAAUCUCUCUCAAACGAAUUUCAAAAUGGAACCGAUUCAAUCCAACGAAUUUCACAAUGAUCCACAAACCCUAAUCCCAAACCAGCAAGAAGAUUCAGUAAUGGAAGAUGAAAACGAUUCCUUGUUCGAUUCUAUGCUUGUUGAUUCAAGUUCAAAACUCAUUCAAAAUGGCUUCGCCAGAUCUCAAAGUUCAGCAGAGGAGUGUGUAAUGUUUGUAAACGCGGGAGGGGAAGCGACUAAUGAAGGAGCUGAUGGAGUGAAGUUUCUGAGUGACACUUUUUUUGACGGUGGCAAUGUUUUCCACACGAAUGAGGCGAUUGUGGAAGGUGGAGAUUACCCAUCGAUUUAUCAGUCAGCUCGGGUGGGAAGUUUUAGUUAUAGAAUUGAUAACCUUCCUCCUGGACAAUAUCUUGUUGACCUGCAUUUUGUUGAGAUUAUUAAUGUAAAUGGGCCGAAAGGAAUGAGGGUGUUCAAUGUUUACAUACAAGAAGAAAAGGUUCUAUCUGAAUUGGAUAUCUAUGCAGCUGUUGGAGUCAACAAGCCGCUACAGCUGAUUGAUUGUCGGGCCACUGUGAAGGAUGAUGGGGUGAUUCUCAUAAGAUUUGAGAGUUUAAAUGGAAGCCCAGUUGUCAGUGGGAUCUGCAUUAGGAGAGCGUCAAAAGAGUCAGUUCCACCAGUGCCAAGCGAUUUUAUUGAAUGUAACUACUGUGCUGCGCAGAUUGAAAUUCCUUCAUCACAGAUAAAAGUUAUGCAGACAAAAUCUACAGCAAAGUAUGAAAAUAAGAUAAAGGAGCUUACUAUGCAGUGCGAGCUCAAAGCAAAAGAAUGCUAUGAGGCGUGGACGUCAUUAACUGAAAUGAGUAGGAAAGUGGAAAAAGUCCAGAUGGAGCUUGAUCAAGUGACAUUUAAGUCACUCACUACAGAACAAACUGCCGAAAAACAAGCUGAGAACCUGAGGAGUAUUUCUAACAGAUAUGAACUUGAUAAGAAGAAAUGGGCAGAAGCAAUUAUCAGUUUACAGGAAAAAGUACAGUUGAUGAAGAGUGAGCAGUCUCGGCUUUCCUUUGAAGCACAUGAAUGUGUUGAUUCAAUCCCUGAAUUAAACAAGAUGGUUUAUGCAGUACAGGAGUUGGUUAAGCAGUGUGAAGAUCUUAAAGUGAAGUAUUAUGAAGAGAUGACACAGAGAAAGAAGCUCUUCAAUGAAGUUCAAGAGGCUAAAGGAAACAUCAGAGUUUUUUGCCGUUGUCGACCAUUGAAUAAGGUUGAAAUGUCAGCUGGGUGUACAACAGUUGUGGAUUUUGAUGCAGCAAAAGAUGGAUGCCUUGGGAUUUUGGCAACUGGCUCCUCUAAAAAAUCAUUCAGAUUUGACAGGGUUUAUACACCAAAAGAUGAUCAAGUUGAUGUUUUUGCUGAUGCAUCAUCAAUGGUAAUCUCUGUGCUGGAUGGCUACAAUGUUUGCAUCUUUGCUUAUGGACAAACAGGAACAGGAAAAACAUUUACUAUGGAAGGAACAGAGCAAAAUAGAGGUGUAAAUUACAGGACUCUUGAGCAUUUGUUUAGAGUUAGUAAGGAAAGGAGUGAAACAUUUUCAUACGACAUAUCUGUUAGUGUGCUCGAGGUUUACAAUGAACAAAUCAGAGACCUAUUGGCUACGGGACCAGCAUCAAAAAGGUUGGAGAUAAAACAAAAUUAUGAAGGACAUCAUCAUGUACCUGGUGUUGUAGAAGCCAAGGUUGACAACAUAAGUGACGUGUGGACUGUACUGCAAGCUGGAAGCAAUGCUAGAGCAGUUGGAAGUAAUAAUGUUAAUGAACAUAGUAGUCGAUCUCAUUGCAUGCUAUGUAUAAUGGUAAAGACUAAAAAUUUGAUGAAUGGUGAGUGUACCAAGAGCAAGCUUUGGCUUGUGGAUUUGGCAGGCAGUGAGAGACUUGCAAAGACUGAUGUGCAAGGAGAGCGACUUAAGGAGGCACAAAAUAUUAAUCGUUCUCUUUCUGCUCUUGGAGAUGUGAUAUCCGCUUUAGCUGCCAAAAGUAGUCACAUUCCGUAUAGGAAUUCUAAGUUGACACAUUUACUCCAAGACUCACUAGGAGGUGACUCAAAAACUUUGAUGUUUGUACAAAUAAGUCCAUCAGACCAGGAUGUCGGUGAGACUCUGAGCUCACUUAAUUUUGCAACUAGAGUGAGGGGCGUUGAGUUAGGUCCUGUUAAGAAGCAAAUUGAUACAGGCGAACUUCAAAAGACAAAAGCAAUGCUUGACAAAGCACGAAGUGAGUGCAGAAGUAAAGAAGAAUCCUUGAGGAAAUUAGAAGAAAGUUUGCAAAACAUUGAGAGCAAGGCCAAGGGAAAGGAUAAUAUCCACAAAAAUCUACAAGAAAAGAUUAAAGAACUUGAAGGUCAGAUUGAGCUCAAAACAUCCAUGCAAAACCAAUCAGAGAAACAAGUUUCUCAAUUAUGUGAAAAGUUGAAGGGAAAAGAAGAAACCUGCUGUACUCUUCAACAUAAGGUCAAAGAGCUAGAGAGAAAAAUAAAAGAACAACUGCAGACAGAGACAGCAAAUUUCCAACAGAAGGCUUGGGAUCUAGAAAAGAAGCUGAAAGAUCAGUUGCAAGGGUCUGAGUCUGAAUCUUCCUUUCUAAAAGAUAAGAUCAAGGAGCUUGAGAGAAAACUGAAAGAGCAGGAGCAGAACUCGGAAUCCUUGCUAAAACAACAGAUGAAGGAACUAGAGGAGAAAUACAAGGAGCGAGAGCAACAGUGGCAGCAAACUCAUUGUUAUGUUGAAGCAGUAAAGGCGGCGGCCACACCUGAUAUAGGUAAAAGCCGCACAAGUGAAGAAUGUCCAAAUGAUAUUGAGAGUCGCAUUUUAUGUAGUUCAAACUCGGUAAACCGCCAGAUAAGUCAAGGUUCUGCUUUGUUAAAAGGGACUGAUUCUACUCAGCAGAUGAGAAACAAAAGGCAGUUAAGAAGCAAUGACAUUGAGAACAAUUUAGUCGGGCCACCGUCAUCCACUUUACGCGAUAGAAAAAUGACAAGGAAAUCUGAUCCGCCUAAAAUUGUAAGAACUGGUAGGCUAACAACGAAACCGCCGGUCAUUACUAGUCAAGUUCCUUUGUCUCAUAAGAGAGCUAGCACAAGCAGAGAUCAGUCUCAAGGAGUUAAAGAGAGGGAUAGUAAGAAAAAGAUAUGGUCAAGAUAGGAGAUACAUCUCUCAUGUAACAACAGCUGCUGAUAUUGGUUAUUAUUUGUGUGUAAUUUUUUACUUAGAAUCUCCACCUUUUCUUGUGAUGGAUGAAAAGCAUGAUUUGAAGUUGAAUUUUAUUGUGUCUAGAAAAUACAUUAUACGAAGUCAUGAUUGUGUCAUAUUAAAUGAGUACUGCUAUGAGUUACCUUAAAAAUUAUAAUAUGAGUGGUAUUGUUUUGUAA